AUGUCUGAAAACUUAGACAUCAGAUUCAGCAUUCUCUCCUGGGAUCAAGUUAAAAUGCUAGAUCAAGUGUUAAGUGAAGUGAUACCAAUUCAUGGAAGAGGAAAUUUUCCAACACUGGAAGUGAAAACAAAGGAUAUCAUCCUUGUGGUGCAAAAUGAGCUCCAAAAAAGACAGAUUAUCAUCAAAGAUAUCCGUCUGAAUGGUUCAACAGCUAGCCACAUCCUUGCAAAAGAGAAUGUCACCACUUAUAAGGAUGUCGACAUCAUUUUUGGCAUUGGGUAUCUAGGUGAACGAGAAUUUCAUAUUGUCAAGGAGUCUCUUCUGAAUCGUCUGCAAGACUUCUUCCCAAAAGGUGUAAAUAAAGAGAAGAUCACGUCCCAGACCAUGAACAGUGCUUAUGUUCAGAAGAUGGUGAAAAUUUGCAACAAGCAUGACCGCUGGAGUCUCAUUUCUCUGUCAAACAACACUGGGAAGAACGUGGAAUUCAAAUUUGUCGGCUCGCUUAGACGUCAGUUCGAAUUCAGUGUCGAUUCCUUUCAGAUCAUCCUAAACAACCUUCUAGAUGUCUACAGAGAUGCCAAUUAUGUGUUGAGCGAAGAAUCCUCCCCUGUUGUUGUGGCAGAGAGCGUAUAUGGAGACUUCGAAAAAGCAAUAAAUCAUCUUCGACACAAGCUGAUUUCCACCAGAAACCCUGAAGAAAUUAGAGGUGGAGGCCUUCUCAAGUACAGCAACCUACUAGUCCGUGAAUUCAAGCCAGCAAGUGACACAGAAAUCAAAACCUUGGAGCGUUACAUGUGUUCCAGAUUCUUCAUUGAUUUCCCUGAUGUGGCAGAGCAACAAAAGAAGAUCGAGUCCUACCUACAUAACCAUUUCGUAGGUGAAGAGAAGAGCAAAUAUGACUACCUUAUGACCCUGCGUGGUGUUGUCAACGAAAGCACCGUUUGCCUCAUGGGGCACGAAAGAAGACAGACCCUGAAUAUGAUCACCAUUAUGGCUCUAAAAGUGCUUGGAGAACAAAACGUCAUACCCAACACAGCCAACGUAACCUGCUAUUACCAGCCUGCCCCAUACGUUACCAACGGAAAUUUCAGCAGCUACUAUAUGGCUCAUGGACAUCCAUUCAUCUAUCAGCCAUACCCAAUGCACAUUCAUGUGCAGAGUGGUUUGCUUUAA